CUUCUGUCCCGGCUGAUCUGGUCUUCUCUUACAUCCUAAAAUUUACUGUUUGAUAUAUAAAAAAUGUUUGUUAAGACGGUGUUGAUUGUUGGGUGCGUUGUAGGUUUGGCCUGGUGUCUGCCGAGAUCAAAGCGUGACUCGACCCCGACUGAGUACGAACUGCCCAGCAACGCGACACUUGUCUUAGCAAGUUCUCUGAGAACCGGUUUCACGUGUGACGAACGAGUUUACGGCUACUAUGCAGAUACAGAGAACAGCUGUCAAGUGUUCCAUGUGUGUUAUCCUUACGUUGACGUCGACCUUCUCAUCAAAGUGAGGAUGUUCUCCUUCAUAUGCGGUGAAGGACUUGUAUUCGAUCAGUCGAGGCUGGUUUGUGACCUCCCAGAAAACUCCAUUUCUUGCGACGUAGCUACUCAGUACUUCGAUAUCAACAAUUACUUUGGACGAGAAGACCUCAAUUUCGGGGAAGGGCAAAUCCCCAAAGCGCCUGAGAGAGAUUUCCAGAUACAGACUUUUGCUGAAUUCAGUCGGAAUCUACAGUAGAAUAGUCAUUUUCUCUGUUUAAGCAUUUAUGGUAUGAGAAUGUGAGCCUAUUCUAUGACUCCUUAUAAGUGUUUCUUCUAAUAGUUUACUUUAACGCCGCUGAGCGGCGAUUAUUUUUGUUUUUAUGCUACAUAGAAUAUUAAUUUUAAGUGUAGUUUGUUUGCCAAAUGAAGGUCAGAUUUUGUUAAUAAUACAAUUUAUCAACAAUCGACACAAGGAUAAGACAACAAUAGGAAUGUCUUUCGGUUUUCCAUUUUAGAAUAUUUCUAAAUUUACUCUAAAAUAUAUCUGAUUGCUUGUCUCUAAUUUCUUGCGUCUUGAGUGAAAAUGUAGGCUGGUCCUACCGUCUUUUUGUUUAUUUUUACUUUUGUUUACUUUACAUGAAAAUACAUACACUAUACAUCAUUGAUGUUACUUUGAUGGGUAUUUCAAAAUAAAGAUAUAAUAAAU